CUCUCUCUCUCUCUCAUCGUGUUUUCCAAACCUCACGAGAAAACCACCGCUAGAUCUCUCGUUUCAAAACCCCGAAAGGAAAAAGUUGGUAACUUGGUGUGCCAAAGUCCAAACUCUCGCUUUCACUCUCAUCCUAAACCCAAAACCACCACAAAACCUCAUAUUUUCGAACCCAAAAGCUAAACAGAGUUGGUAUCAUACGUAGAGAACGAUGUCAACGAUAAAAGCAACAAGGAGAGCAAAAUGGCAGUACCCACCACCCCCACCAACCCCGAGAAUCCUCCACUUGCCACGCCGGCCUCGACGGAGAGCCCCCAAGAACGUGGCUUCAAAGCCCGCCGCCACUGAGGCUCGGCGUGACCGUAAGGGAAAGCUGGAGGCGCUGUUCGACCAAGAACGUGUGUUUGCGAGAACUGGGGUUCCAUUAGUGUUGUUGGACUACGGUGGUGGUGAGGAAAGUGAGAGGAGGAGAGUGAGAGUUGAGGAGAGUAGUAGUGAGAGUGGUAGUGGUGGUGGUAGUGUGGCAGAGGAGAAGUGGAGGUUCCAAGCAGAGAUGUUAAGGGCUGAGUGUAACUUGCUGAGGAUGGAAAAGGAGAUUGCAGUCAAGAAGUUGGAAAGAAGCCGAGUGAAGAUGGAGAGGACUCUGAGAUCGGCUGUUCAGACUCUGGUUUCUGGGAGAAAGAAGAUUUCUGAAGAAAAUAAUUUGAGCAUGGGAUUGGAGGAAGAGAUCCAAGAUUUGGUAGAGAAACUAGAGAAGUUGCAGAGGAGCUCAGAAUUCAAGGAUUUUGAAGUUAGGAACUUCAGUAAUUUUGAUAAACAGGCGUCUCUUCUUCGGAGACGGCUAGAGAAGUUUGGAGCAACAUCGGGUGAGAUAUGCUUGAAGGAGAUUCGGGAGAUGGCAGAAGCAAGCUUGUCAAUGGAAACAAGUUGUGAAGUCAAUGAGUGCUUGGUUUCAAGUGGAAAAGGCAAUACUCUGCAGGUUGAGAUCCUAAGAAGGAAAAUGGAGGCGUUGUCAAAGGGCAUUUUGUUGGACAGGAUGGAAGAGGAGUAUAGAUCAAUGCUUUCUACACCACACAGCUCUGUUGCCAGUUCCGCCUCCUCUUCCAUGAGAAUUGAGUUUCCUAACUCAUCUUCUACAUCAGCAAGACAACCUGAGCAGAAGACAAAGUCCCCAGAAGAUAACUUGUGCUCUGGACGUUGCAAGGCUAUAGUACGAAGAAUUGUAGAGCAAGUUCGAGUUGAGACAGAGCAAUGGUCCCAGAUGCAGGAGAUGCUAGGACAGGUGAGGAAGGACAUGGAAGAACUGCAGGCCUCCCGAGACUUUUGGGAAAAUCGAGCCCUCAAUUCUGAUGAUCAAAUACAAACUCUACGCUCUACUGUUCAAGAAUGGAGACACAAGGCUAUGUCAUCUGAAAGCAAGGCAAAUGAACUACAAUUGCAGAUGUCCGAGAUCCGCAGAGCGCUUGAAUGGAUGAGGAAGGAGCAAAACUCAGUAGUUAGCGAACCCAUAAUUGGGCAGGAUGCACAAAACGAGACGGAGAAGCGAGUACUGGUUUGUCGCUUGAAAGAGAAUCAUUGUACUGAUGAUAAUGCCAAUAAGGAGGUCUCAAGGGAUAGAAGAAGAAUACCACACACAUCCAGCAGCGGAUUUGUGGCUCAGAAACGAUUGCCUUUUCGAGAUAUUGGGAACUCAUCAUCGUUGAUAAGGCAAAAUAGCAAAGCUGUGUUCCCUUUGCAUUGCCCCUCCACUUUCAAUAGAGAGUAGAACUUUGAGAGUGAGUCUGAGUCUGAGACUCUCAUAUUUUAAAUAGUUAUCAAAUAGCCUGUGGUUAAUUUGUAGGAAGUUUCUUUGUGUCUUUUGUUGAGCAAAUGGUGCUAAUCUAAGAAAACCGGUACAAUCGGACAGGCCAAA